UCUAAUUAAAACCAAUGGAGAGCUGAAGGUUUUCCUAAACCAGAAUCUAAGCCCAGGGAAAGGAGCAGGUGUCAUGUCUCUGGUAACUGUGCACCCGUCAUCUGUCUCUGGAGUGAAGCAGCUACUGCCCAAAACACUUGUGCCACAGAUGGUAACUGAACUAGGGCACAUUGUCAUUGGCACACCUCAGAGGCCCAGUACCUCCAGUGGCAGUGUCCUGUUGUCCAGUCCACACACACCCAGCACCCAGCUGCUCACACAGAUCCAGCCGCAGGAUUCUUCGCCUUGGUCGACAGGGCGGCGUAGCAAAAGAGGAGACAAGAAUGGGAAAGGCCUGAGGCAUUUCUCCAUGAAGGUAUGUGAGAAGGUCCAGAAGAAGGGUGUCACCUCUUACAAUGAGGUCGCUGAUGAGCUGGUGGCAGAGCUCAGCUCAGGAGACAGCGGUGUCUCUCCCAACGACUCGCAUGGUUAUGACCAAAAGAAUAUCCGAAGGCGUGUUUAUGAUGCCCUCAACGUCUUAAUGGCAAUGAAUAUCAUUUCCAAAGAUAAAAAAGAGAUCAAGUGGAUUGGUUUCCCCACGAAUUCUGCUCAGGAGUGCCGGGAGCUGGAGGCUGAGCGGCAAAGACGACUUGAGAGAAUCAAGCAAAAACAAGCCCAGCUCCAAGAACUUAUUCUCCAGCAAAUAUGUUUUAAGAACCUGGUGAGGAGGAACAGGGAGAUGGAGAAGGAAGCUAACAGAUCUCCACCAGUUAAUUCAGUCAUCAACCUUCCCUUCAUUAUUGUGAACACCAGCAGGAGGACGGUCAUUGACUGCAGUAUAUCCAAUGACAAAUAUGAGUACUUGUUUAACUUCGACAACAUGUUUGAGAUCCAUGACGACAUUGAGGUUCUGAAACGGAUGGGCAUGGCAUGUGGGCUCGAGUCGGGAAAGUGCUCUCCAGAACAGCUGAAGAUUGCCAAGAGCUUGGUGCCUAAAGCUCUGGAACCUUAUGUUAUGGAGAUGGCACAGGGUCACAUCAACAACAUCUAUUUAUCAGCAGGGACAUCUGCCAAUGGAGGGAACCAUCACACGGGCAGUGACAGUGGGACCGACGGCACCAUGGCGCUCAGCUCGAACGAUUCCCACUGCAGCGGCUCCCGUGUGGAAACCCCAGCAUCCUACAUGGAUGACGAGGAAGAGGAUGACGACUUCGACGAGAACGACAACGAAGAUUAACGCCCGAUUGUCCUUUACUUCACCGUGUCGUCUCUCUCUCUCUCUCUCUUCCAGCACAGCCAGUCAAACAGCAAAGUUGUUGUGGGUACUUAUAUA